AUGAGUGAUAAAGUUAAACGCCCAUCCGAAGUUGAAAUUCAACCCAAAACAUCUAAUUCAAGCAAUGAAUCUUUAGGAUUAGACCAUAUCACUUCAGCAAAUGGAGAUAUUAUUCCAGUGAAUAAUCAUUACAUCGAUCAUGCGCUUGAGAGGAGAGUUUGCCGCAAGUUAGAUUUUAGAAUUUUACCACUAGCUGCAGUGAUGUAUCUUUUCAAUGCAUUAGAUAAGGGUAAUAUUAGCAACUCUAAGACAGAUGGAAUUGAUAUAGACUUAGGAAUAACAGGUGAUAGAUGGAAUUUGAUGCUAUCGAUUUUUUAUAUACCAUUUGUAUUAUUUGCAUUUCCUAUAUCGUUGAUAAUUAAGAAAUACAAUCCAGCUAGGGUUAUUCCUGUAUUGAUGUUUACAUUUGGAUCAGUUACUUUAUUGGCAGUAUCUGUAUUUGAUUUCGGAUCAUUAAUGGCCGCAAGAUGGUUUUUGGGAAUGGCAGAACUGGCAUUUUUCCCAGGUAUUAUUUACUACCUAACCAGGUUCUACCGUCGUGGUGAAUUAGCUAGAAGAUUAUCAAUUUUCUAUGCAGCAGCAAAUAUUGCCAAUGCAUUUUCUGGUUUACUUUCAUACGGUGUUUUUCAAAUCAAUAGCCCUCACUUGCAUGGCUGGCAGAUAUUGUUUUUGAUCGAAGGUAGCUGUACGGUAUGCAUUGCAGUAAUCGCAUAUAUAUAUUUACCAAGGUCAGUGGAAGCUGCAAAGUUUUUCACUGAAGAAGAAAGAGCUUGUGCUAUUCACCGUAUUAUGACAGAUUCUUCUGCUGAGAUAGAAGAAAAGCUUUCAUUAAGCGAUGCGAUAAAGGUCUUCAAACACCCAGUAGCUGUUGCAUGGAUGUUUGUAGAAAUAUGUAUCGGGGUUCCAAUCAAUUCAAUCAAUAACUGGUUUCCCCAAAUUAUUGGGGCCUUAGGCAAGUCCACGGUCGAAACUAACUUGUUCACAGUAGCACCAAAUAUAUGGGGUGCUAUAUCUUUGAUCAUUAUUGCAUUUUCGUCCGAUUUCUUAAGAAUCAGAUCACUCUUCAUUUGUAUUGCAGUGUUGUCUACGUUAAUUGGUUUUGCAGUUUUCGGUGCAAUAGACAUCGAAAAUAACAUACUGGCUGCAUAUUUUUCGUGCUUCUUGAUGACUACUGGUACCUCGGCCGCUUCGGUUCUUACAUCGACGUGGUACAAUAAUAACACUCCUAACGAAAAUCGUCGUAUAGUCAUUAGUUCCGUGGGUGUUCCUUUAGCAAACGCCGCAGGUUUAAUUUCCACCAACAUUUUCAGACCAAAGGAUGCCCCAAAAUAUGUACCAGCUCUAGGUAUCACUGCUGGAUUCGGCGGCUUAGCAAUUAUAAUAGUUUCUUCGAUCGUAUUAUUCAUGAUGUAUGAUAAUCGCAGGAGAAACAAAUCGCAAGGUGUCAAUUUGACUUUCAGAGAUGUGCCCACUUCCGAGCUUCGUGAAGGCCCUGCCAACCCAAGCUACAGAUGGAUGUACUAG